GUCCUUUGUACAGCAGUAACGAGGGAGACAAGGAUCAUCAUCAUGGCGAAGCUUGGAGAACAAAAGGGCGCGGUUCUCUCCGCGAUUAUCGUGAGUGGUGUUGUGGGAAUCGCUGCGCUUUUGGCACUCCGCAACCGGCAACAAAAGAAAUCCCGCGGCGCCAGAAAUGGUGGUGCCGUCGGCGCGACUCCGCACGUGGUGUUCGUCCUGGGAGGGCCUGGGUCCGGCAAGGGCACGCAGUGCGCGCUCAUAGCGGAAGAGGAGGCCCUCGGUUACGCCCACUUGUCCGCCGGAGACCUCCUGCGGGCCGAGAGGAACUCGGGGUCAGAGCUCGCCGGCAUGAUCAACGAGUUCAUCCGGGAAGGCAAGAUCGUUCCCGCCGAGGUAACCGUGGGCCUCCUCCGCAAGGCCAUGGAGAAAUCCGGGAAAUCCCGCUUCCUGAUCGAUGGAUUCCCGCGCAACCCGGACAACCUUGCCGCUUGGGAGGCGUCGACGGCGGGGGGGGCUGUCGUCGUCGACUUCGCACUCUUUUUGGACUGCCCGGAAGAGAUCAUGACGGAGCGCAUCAUGGAGCGUGGCAGAAGCAGUGGGCGCAUCGAUGACAAUGAGGAGGCCAUCCGAAAGAGACUCAUGACGUACCGGGAAUCUACGAUGCCCAUCAUCAAGGAGUUCGAGGCCAGAGGGAAACUGCGAGAGGUCAACUCCGACCAAACCAUAGAGGAAGUGGCCAUCGAAGUGCGGAGACACAUCUCAGCCAUCGCUUAAGAACAAGGUUAUUUUGGCGUUGUUGCUGGUGUCGAGAUUACUAGAUGCUUGCAAGGGCGCUCGUUGUCCCGUUUGACGAAGAAUUUUGCAGCACACACCGUUCAUGUGGGUCUUUUUGAGCGCGAGGGUUCGUGCUGGUAGGAUAACUGCUGUCGAGGGCUGCUUCUCAUUACAGUAGCGCAGAGAGGACGUGUCAGCACUUUGUAUCGUUGGUCGAGAAAUAAUUUUGCGCUCCAACUGGUGGUGGUGGUCAUGUACCAAGGCGGAUCGAUGCUUAUUUCGGUGCGUUUUUCCCGCAAGGUUCGAGCGUUAUUCUCACCCCGCACACAAGUACUGCUGGUUGUAAUAUUAUUUUUGCCCUCGCAAAGUAACAAUUGUGGAUGAUAUUGGCUUGUUCAGCCAAAGGCAACGAGGCAUUUCAUUCAGCGAGGAUUCGAAAUCCGGCUUAUAUGAAGAGACGAUUGUCGUUGCGGCUCAAGCUUGUUACAGGAUGAAAGGUUGUGUGGUGUGGAGAACACACCGGAUUCCAACCACUCGUGAGAGAGGGAAAACGGGUAUGUAUACGACAAUGGUGAUUGUUCAGAGAGGGGGGCAAGGCAGUUGGCCCGCUGUACUAGUACGCGGGUGAGCGUGUCCACUAACGCUAAUCUGUAGCAACACCCGGAGGUCAUUUGAUACGUCACAAUCUAUGAGACAUU